AUGAGGAGGUUGUUGCGCGCCCUGCUGGUGGCGCAUGUCUUCUUGGGCGAUGUCUCCAAGGCAGAUGGCGAGGAAGAGAAGGACACCUCCUCAGAUGUUAUGGAAGUCAUGGCUUGGUGCAAAGGUGUCUUGCAAGGCCUGGACUGGCCAGCGGUUCUCCGCCUGGCCAAGACGGAGUGCAACUUAGACGCCGGAGAUGACGACCUGCUUCGCAUCGGCUGCACGGAGAUGGGUCUCAUAUCCGCGGUCGAUGGUCUCCGGGCAGUACUCGAGAUCUCCCAGCUGCAGAAGUUAGUCUGUCCGAACGGCCAGGUAUUUCUUCUCGCAGUUUCCUUAGCCUACGCACGGGAGCAGCUGACGCCGACAGAAGUGGCGAGAGCACAGGUCCUGCUCUGGCACGCUUUGCAGACCAACUUCAUGCUGGAUGCGAGCGUGUGGCCGGUCAAGACCCACGACGUGCUGUACAUGUUCGACCAGCUUCCCCCGCCGCUACGGCUGUCGGGCCAAGCGGCCACACCGCUUGAGGAGGCGGUUACCCUCGUGGUGCCCCGCUGCCCUCCAGAGCUGGUUUUGAUCCUGAAGAAGCGCUUUCCAGGAUUCCCAGCGACUGUCGGCGUCCUUGGCAAGGUGGACGAGUCCGCGAAACUUCUGCCGGAGAGUUGGCAGGGCUUCGAGUCCGCGGAUGAGAUGCCCACAGGGUCUCUCCUGAAUGCGAUGCUGGAGGCCGUAGAGACACCGUAUUCUCUGGUGAUCCUCAGCGGGGCCUUGCCUUCUUCCCUGAAGGAUGUGCAGACUCUGCGGCGAGUCCUGGAGAGUCGUCAGGUGUUGGCCGCUUCGGGGCCCGUCUUGAGUGCAGACAAGGUCUAUUCCGACUUCUGCUAUCGGCUUGAUUUGAGGCACUAUCACCUCCGCUUUCGAAGUGAGUAUGAGCAUAGUGUCAUCUUUGAUGAGGCAUCUGCUUCCUCGAUCAGGGGCAACUGGUUUCACGAAGAAGAGGCAGAGACGAAAGACGGACCCUGCAAGCUCUGUGAUACGCUGCCGCCAACGUUUCUGGCGCACACCGAAGCACUUCGCGCCAUCUCCUUCCACCCGGCACUGGAUGGAGAGUGGGCUCUCUUGGACUUUGCGAUGCGGGCGACACGCACGCCCCUGGUCGAGGUGAAGCCGCAGGGCGCGACAGCCGCGACUCAGCUGCCAGGAUGGAGGCACCGCAGCAGCCGCUUCGCGCUUUGCCCCUUUGCUUCGGUGCAAGAGCUGCCAGAGAUGGCUGGGCCCCAUCUUUAUGCGCGCAGCGACGUGCCUGCCGAAGGGGUGGCUCUGGCAUCGCCCUGGUUUGGCGACGAGUCCGCGGCCUUGGGGCCCGUCGCCGCUGCCUCAAAGAAGAGCCGAAGGCUCAAGCCGGACAAGCAGGCGCAGACCUUCAUGGAGAGCAACCACCUCAAGGACUUCACCGGUCCAGAAGGCCUCACGCGCCACUUCGGCUGCAGCCUGGCAGUGACGAACUGCCCGGUGCCGGACUGGGUAUACCGAGGCUGGGCUGUACCACCUUGCUGCAAGGAGACGAUGCGCCACCUCCUCUUCUACAUCGAUCGGGUGUUCAAGGAGCUGGGGGUCCGCUACAUUGUCACUGAUGGAGUUCUGCUGGGCUCGUACAAGUUCGGCGGCAUGCUGGACUGGGACGCAGACGUGGACCUCCACAUACACGAUGACGACUUCCACAUGCUGGAGGAGGUGGUGCAGCAUCGUGUGCGGCAGGAUGGGCACUUUCUCCGGAAGCAUGCCAACAACAGGUCUUGGCUGCUGCAGGCUAACGAGCAAAACUACUUGCUCAUAGAGCUCAACUUGCGAGAGGAGUUCUGGGAUCCAGACCGCAUCUGGCAAGUGCCGAUCGAAGGAAGGCUCUUUCCGGCCAUGGAGGAGUCACACCUGAACCUCUCGUCUUGGUAUGGCAUGUCUUUCUUCCGGCACCGGCUGCGGCAUGUGCCAGAGUGGGAGGAGGACGAGAGGCCAAUGUAUUGCUCGACGCCGUACCAUUACAACUGCGUGGAUGAAUCGCAAGUCUUCAGCGGCAAAGACUGCCGUCGUGCUGGAGCGUGCUAG